UUGUGCACCGGACUGGACUUCUACCCUCAAUCCAGUGUUCUGCUGGUGAAAACCACUUCUCUUGUCCAGAGUCUUCCAGACUCACCAGAUUGAGCUUGUUGACACAGAAACGAAUGGAAUCAAGAGUAAUGCUCUCUCUAUUCACUCUCCUACUUCUGCUAUCACCGCGGAACUCUCAAUCGGAACUCCAAUCUCCCCCGACAGUAUGCAUUAUCGGCGGCGGCAUCGGAGGUUCUUCCGUCGCCCACUUCCUCCGUUUCUACUCCGAUUCCGAAACCCGGAUCCAUGUAUUUGAGCGUAGAGGCGUCGUGGGCGGACGAAUGGCCACCGUCACCAUCGCCGGCGAGACGUUUGAGGCCGGCGCCUCGAUUCUCCAUCCCAAGAACUAUCAUGCGUUGAAUUUCACUACAGGUCUGGGAUUGAAGAUCAGGAAACCUCCGGCUUCUGAGAGCUCGCUUUCGUUAGGGAUUUGGGAUGGAAAGAGGUUUUUGUUGAAGACCAUAAGCGUUGACUCCAAGAUUCCUUUUGUGCAGAAGAUAGUCUCCUUUGCUAAUUCGGUUUACUUACUGGUUCGAUACGGGUUCUCGCUGUUGAAGAUGGAAAGCUUCGUUGAGGGUAUGGUGGACAAGUUCUUGAAGUAUUAUGAAAGCACUGAAUCAAGACCUGUCUUUGAGACAGUGGAAGGGAUGCUUAAAUGGGCUGGUUUGUAUAACCUCACAACUCAACCUUUAAGAGAGCAAUUAGUUGAUGCUGGGUUGAAUCCCCUUUUGAUAGAGGAGCUUGUCACUGUGAUUACGAGAAUCAAUUAUGGUCAAAGUGUCUUCAUCAGUGGACUUGCUGGCGCAGUUUCCUUGGCAGGCUCUGGUGGAAAUUUAUGGUCAGUUGAAGGAGGAAACUGGCAGAUGGCUGCUGCACUAAUCAAUUCUUCAAAUGUUGAGUUGCACCUCCAUGAAGAAAUAGAAUUUGUCUCUCAUCUUGAAGACUAUUAUGAGCUUAAUUCUACAAAAGGAAACAGCUAUGCAUGUCAAGUCGCAGUGAUUGCUACCCCACUAGAUGAAUCGGAAAUUCAAUUUUCACCGCCUAUUUCAAUUCCUGAGAGGAAGUUACAGCACACACAUGCAACAUUUGUUAGGGGACUCUUAAAUCCUGCGUAUUUUGGCCUCAAUGGUGUAUCAGAAAUUCCUGAACUGGUGGGCACCAUAGAGGAUCCUGAUAUUCCAUUCUCAAGCAUAUCAGUUCUCAAACAACAUGAUAAGAAUGAUGUGACUUACAAGAUAUUCUCUCGUCAACCAAUGGCUGAUGCACUACUGGAUACUAUCUUUAGUGAGAGGAAAGAGACAAUUCAAAUUAACUGGGGUGCUUACCCACAUUACAAAGCUCCAGAAGUUUUUGCUCCAUUUGUUUUGGACGGUCAGCAUUUGUACUAUGUGAAUGCUUUUGAGAACGCAGCUAGUACCAUGGAGACAAGUGCUGUUGCAGGUGAGAAUAUAGCGCGGCUUAUCCUGUCAAGACUAUACGGUAAGCAGUACUUGAGUUCUUCAACCUCAAGCUUUCCCAACAGCAAAGAGCAAUUGCAUUCGGAUCUGUAGUUUGCAUGUAUUACUGCAAAGUGUGGGUGAAGUGGCUUGAGAUUAUGGUCAAGGCCGGUUCUAGGUGUUUCAUGUUUGAGAAGUUUCUGCACAAUAAAACAAGCGUAUCUGUAAACACACAACGAUAUUGCUCAAUGUGAUAGUGUUUGGGGAAAUUGUUGCUCCCCCUGUAUUUUGUUGGCCCGUGUUACAUUCCAUGUUGAUGUAUAGUGAAUUGUUUGUAAUAUAGAAAUCUCAAUCCCACUUGUGAUAUAGAAAAUAUGAUGUUUAGCUGGUCUCAAGCUGGAAAA